AUGAAGGGUCUCUUCAAGCCAAAGCCACGCACUCCUAUUGAUAUUGUCCGACAAACCAGAGAUCUUCUUAUCUUCUUUGAUGGCAGCGGCAUCGAAACUCGUGAUAGCAAGCGUGAAGAAAAACAAAUGGUGGAGCUAUGUAAAAAUAUCAGGGAGCUAAAGUCAAUUCUUUAUGGAAGUAGUGAUUCUGAACCAGUCUCAGAAGCUUGUGCGCAGUUGACUCAGGAGUUCUUUAAGGAGAACACACUGCGACUGCUCAUCAAAUGUAUUCCAAAAUUGAAUUUGGAGGCCAGGAAAGAUGCCACUCAAGUAGUUGCAAAUUUACAAAGGCAACCGGUUCAGUCUAAAUUGAUUGCAUCUGAUUACCUGGAGAAAAACAUGGAUCUUAUGGAUGUUUUGAUAGCUGGGUAUGAAAACACUGAUAUGGCUUUACACUAUGGUGCGAUGCUGAGGGAGUGUAUAAGACACCAGAUUGUUGCAAAAUAUGUUCUGAACUCACCUCAUAUGAAGAAGUUCUUUGAUUAUAUUCAACUUCCAAAUUUCGACAUUGCUGCAGAUGCUGCAGCAACUUUUAAGGAACUCAUGACCCGGCAUAAAUCUACUGUAGCUGAAUUUCUUUCUAAGAAUUAUGAGUGGUUUUUUGCAGAUUAUAACUCCAAGCUGUUGGAAUCUUCCAAUUAUAUUACAAGACGCCUAGCUGUUAAGUUGCUGGGAGAUAUGUUACUUGAUCGUUCAAAUUCAUCCGUAAUGACCCGAUAUGUGAGCUCAAGAGAAAACUUGAGGAUUUUGAUGAAUCUUCUAAGAGAAUCAAGCAAAAGCAUACAGAUAGAAGCAUUUCACGUUUUCAAGCUAUUUGCUGCUAACCAAAAUAAACCGCCCGAUAUUAUCAGCAUAUUUGUUGCAAACAAAAGUAAAAUGUUGAGACUAUUGGAUGAAUUCAAAAUUGAUAAAGAGGAUGAACAAUUUGAAGCUGACAAAGCUCAAGUGAUGGAGGAAAUUGCUGCUCUUGAAGGGUAG